GUAUGUACAUAUAAUAUUAAAAAUAAUAUGGAAUAUAAUUUUUACUAUUUUUAAAUCUGAACCUUUUACAAUCGUAAAUCGAUGAAUCGAUUCAUUAUUCUUUACAUAAAUAAUAUAUAAACUAUAAUUUACGUAGUUUAUACCAUAUAAUACACGUAAUGUAGAUUAUUUCCUUCUUUAUCUACAUUUUCCUAACCUCAAACCUUAAAUAUUUCCGUCUGUUUCCGUCUACCGGCAUGCUAAUGCUUCCGCAACUUCCACGAGUUCAAAGUUGAGUACUUAUUGUUAAUCGUUCGAACACUUCGUUCCUGAAGUUUACACGUGACUUGUUUCUGUGCUUUAGCAUUAUGGAUGCUUAUGAUAUUUUUAAGAAACUCACAGCUGGGGUCAAAUUUGAUACGAAACGCUUUCAACAAGAUGCAGAGAAGUUUCAGAUGGUGAGACCAAGCAAAAAUGCUAAAAACAAUAUGGUGGAAAAAAUAAAAGAAGAGAUAUUAGAGCCUGAUACAAAAAGUAAUGGAAAAAGAAAAUGUAAAGAUGAAGAUGAAGAUGUUGAUGAAAUAACAUUGUUGGAUGAACUAUCGAAAGAUGGAAGAAUUCCACCUAAGAAACGUAAGAAAAAAGUCAAGACUGCUGAUAAGACGUUAAAGCUGGAACAAGAGAAGAUAAAUCAUCUGAGGAAUAUAAACCAUAUUUCAGUCACGGGUAGUCACAUACCUAAAUUAAUAUUAGAGUUUAAUGAAUUGAAAACCAACUACCAAGUGUCAGAAAAUUUGUUAAAUAACAUGAAAAAUAGUGGCUAUAUGUAUCCAACACCAAUACAAAUGCAAGCGAUGCCAAUUAUGUUAGAGGGCAGACAGAUACUGGCUUGUGCUCCAACAGGGUCAGGAAAAACUGCAGCUUUUUUGUUGCCUAUUAUUCACAGCUUGCGUGGACCACAAAAGAAAGGUUUUCGUGCUGUUAUUUUAAGUCCCACAAGGGAAUUGGCCAAACAGACAUACAGAGAAUGCCUAAGACUGAGCGACAGUUGUGAUUUUAGAAUUCACAUAAUUAAUAAAGUGAAUCAGGCUCUUACCAAAUAUGGGCCUUCAAGCUCGCAAAAGUUUGAUAUUUUAAUUACUACACCAAACCGAUUGGUCUUUCUUCUAAAUCAAGAUCCUCCAGCCAUUUCAUUAAAUAACGUUGAAUGGUUGAUAGUGGACGAAGCGGAUAAACUUUUUGAGGAAGGUAUACGCGGCUUUAGAGAACAAUUAUAUGAGAUUACGAGGGCUUGCGUUAAUCCGAGUUUACGUCGUGGUAUGUUUAGCGCAACAAAUACUCCGGCAGUGUCAAAGUGGUGCCGUCGUAACAUGAAGGGUCUUAUAACGGUAACUGUUGGACAAAGAAAUGCAGCUGCAGAUUUGGUAGAUCAAAAGCUUCUUUUUGUUGGUAGCGAGAGAGGCAAAUUAGUAGAAUUUCGAAAUAUUAUUCAGAAGGGUAUAUCGCCACCAGUCUUAGUAUUUGUGCAAAGCAAAGAGAGGGCACAAGAACUUUUCAAUGAGCUUAUUUAUGACGGGAUUAACGUGGACGUUAUUCAUGCCGAUAGAACAAUGACACAGCGGGACAAUACCGUACGUUGCUUUAGAGAGGGAAAGAUCUGGGUUUUAAUCUGCACGGAAUUGAUGGGCAGAGGUAUAGAUUUUAAAGGCGUAAAUCUCGUUAUAAAUUACGAUUUCCCGCCAUCCGCCAUCUCGUACAUCCACAGAAUAGGUCGUACUGGUCGUGCCGGUCAUAGAGGAAACGCAAUAACGUUUUUCACUCAACAAGAUACGAUAAAUUUACGAAGUAUUGCGGCAGUUAUGCGAGCAUCCGGAUGCGACGUACCGGAUUACAUGCUGGCUAUGAAGAAGCACAGCAAAAAAGAACGACGUAAGCUUGAGCGUACGGCACCUGCACGCGAAAAGAUAUUAACCGUGCCUACAUAUAAACAACGUAAACGAAAGAUGCGUGUUGAAAAGAAGCCGGAAACAGAAUUGUAAGUACGAUACUCGUAUGUUUUACAAUGAAAAAUAAAUGUGAUGAGUUUUUUGUAUAUAGAGAUUUUGUAUUAAAAGGAUAUUUACAUAUCAAUAAAAUUAUUUGUAAAUAAUUUA